UUGCGUACUGAGUUGACGUCGCCACGCACGGAAUAACACUUCAAAUAUCUACUGAUUUUAUACCCCUGGAAAAUAAAAUCCAUCUCGUGAGUGAGUGCUGAAAAAUAGUGGUUCGAAAUAUUAUCGAUAUCUCGUUCGUAUGUGAUUGUGCCCCUAAAUCACAUCACCAACCAACCCAACAAGUGAUAACUGUAAAGAUUGACGACAAAGCAAAAUACCCAAUAUAAGCCGAACUGAAACUCCAGAAAAUGUGCAAUUAAAACAAAUUGGCCAUCAAGUGGAGAGACUAGAAGAAAAACUCGGGAUUAUUGGACACAGUACCGAACACAGGGAUUAUCUUCGGAGAAAGCGCCCUUAUAUAACCUCAAAAUGGUUUCGCACUACUACAAUACACUGCCCUACACACAAAAGCACAGUGCCGCAAAUUUGGCCUAUGCCUCGGCGGCGGGUCAGCCAUGGAACUGGACGCCCAACUACCACCACACGCCUCCGAACCACCAGUUUCUGGGCGAUGUGGACUCCUCGCAUGCUGCCCACCACGCGGCCGCUGCCCACCAGAUGUACUACAACUCCCAUCACAUGUUCCACUCGGCGGCGGCGGCCUCUGCCGGCGAGUGGCACUCACCCGCCUCGAGCACGGCGGACAACUUCGUCCAGAAUGUGCCCACAACGGCCCACCAGCUGAUGCAGCAGCACCACCAUCAUCAUGCCCAUGCCUCCAGCAGUUCCGCCAGUUCUGGGAGCAGCAGUAGCGGCGGUGCACCGGGUGCGCCCCAGCUCAACGAGACCAACAGCAGCAUUGGGGGCGGAGGAGCAGGCGGUGGCGGUGGUGCUGGUGGGGCCACUGAUGGAGGACCCGGUUCCGCACCACCUAACCAUCAGCAGCAUAUCGCCGAGGGUCUGCCAUCGCCGCCGAUUACCGUUUCGGGCUCGGAGAUCUCUAGCCCGGGGGCCCCAACUUCUGCUUCGUCGCCACACCAUCACUUGGCGCACCAUCUGAGUGCCGUCGCCAAUAACAAUAACAACAACAACAAUAGCCCCUCCAACCAUAACAACAACAACAAUAACAAUUCGGUGAGCAACAACAACAGGACAUCGCCAUCGAAGCCGCCAUACUUCGACUGGAUGAAGAAGCCCGCCUAUCCAGCACAACCACAGCCAGGCAAAACACGCACAAAGGACAAGUACCGCGUGGUGUACACCGACUUCCAGCGCCUGGAACUGGAGAAGGAGUACUGCACCUCCCGCUACAUCACCAUCCGGCACAAGAGCGAGCUGGCCCAGACGCUAUCGCUGUCGGAGCGCCAGGUGAAGAUCUGGUUCCAGAACCGCCGCGCCAAGGAGCGCAAGCAGAACAAGAAGGGCAGCGAUCCUAAUGUGAUGGGCGUGGGAGUGCAGCAUGCGGACUACAGUCAGCUGUUGGACCCCAAGGCGAAACUGGAGCCGGGCCUGCACCUGUCCCACUCGCUGGCCCACUCGAUGAACCCCAUGGCGGCGAUGAACAUUCCCGCCAUGCGCCUGCAUCCCCACCUGGCUGCCCACAGCCACUCCUUGGCGGCGGCGGCGGCGCAUUCGCACCAGCUGCAGCAGCAGCACAGUGCGCAGAUGUCUGCUGCGGCGGCAGUGGGCACGCUCUCGAUGUGACACGACCAUUCCUGUUAUGCGACGAGCGGCGACAGUAACAGCUACAUGGAGCCCCAGCAUCCGCUGGGUGGGAGUGAGCGGGGUGGUGGCGGAGGCGGAGGCGGGGGCGGAGGAGGGCAGCAGUGCGAUGUGUCCUAUAGUGCUCCCGCUCUCGCCUUGGACCUGGCUUAACCCUUAGGUCGCGCAGUCAGACUGUUUCGACCGAAACGAGAAGUAGAUAAGCACCCGGACGAAUGGAGGACUUGGCGGCCGUUGCCCCUUGAAUAUUGCACGUUGUUAAUUUUUGUGAUUGUAUAUUCCUGGUUUUGACACGCGUCCGAGUCCUCGCAGCUAAACAAGUCCCAUGUUCUUGUAUUAUGUUUGUUUUUGUUCAACGUGUGUAAUUUAAAGUAAAUGUCUAGCUCGUAAGCUCUAGUAACUAAGUUGCCCAAGAAAAACAAGAACAAUUCACAACAGCCGUCCCAGCCGAUUAAAGUUAACAAGUACUCGCUGCAGUUAAACAUAAUUUUAGUACAAGCAAAUCAUUUUAGAGCGCAACUUGAUUCUUCAGCCCGUGUAAAUAUCAGCAUAUAUAAAGAGUUUUAACGUUUAUUACUUUUAUAUAUCGUAAUAACAAUUAGCCGUAUAUUAAUAUAGCCGUACAAAAUGUUAUAUUAUAUGUAAUGCACUCUUCGCGCACACAAGCAAAAUUACCAUUUAAAUAAAUAAUUUUAACGUAUUCAUCCGCAUAUUUCCUUAGUUCAAUUUGGCGGCAAUUAAUUUAUAACUUGUGAAUGUGUAUGUGUGUAUAUGUAUGUGCUUAGCUAUUUAAAUAAAAUAUGAACACUAUAAAUACAA